AUGAGGUGGGCGAGGCCGUUCCCUCACUCCUCCUCCAGCUCCAUGGCGCCAUGUUUAUUUCUGCAAGCGGGAGCGCACACGGUCAUCAUCAUCAUCCUCCUCCUCAUCAUCGUCCUGCAGCUCGGUCUGCGCGUGACAGUCGCUCAGCUCAAUAUGGCAAACAAGAGCGUUUUGCCCACCAAAGAGCGCUCUCUCAAGGGCAGGGAGGAGAAAAUGGUCGUGGCAGCAAAGCACGCAGCAAAUGGGAACCCCACAAUGGAGCCUUUUCCUGAUGGCAUGGAGAUGAUCAUGUUUGGUAUGGGCUGUUUUUGGGGAGCAGAGAGGCGCUUCUGGAGGAUUCCUGGUGUGUUCUCUACACAAGUGGGUUAUGCUGGGGGCUUCACACCUAAUCCUACCUACCAUGAAGUGUGUUCAGGUUUAACAGGGCACUCGGAAGUAGUGCGAGUGGUCUUCUCUCCUAAAGACGUCAGCUUAGAGAAACUUCUCAAAGUCUUCUGGGAAAGCCAUAACCCCACUCAAGGAAUGGCACAGGGGAAUGAUCAUGGCACGCAAUAUCGUUCUGCCAUCUACACCUACAGCCCUGAACAGCAAGAGCUGGCCAUGAGAAGCAAGCAUAUGUACCAGGAGGCCCUGACUAAGAAAGGCCUGGGUGAGAUUACCACAGAGAUCCGAGAGCACACUGAAUUUUACUAUGCUGAAGACUAUCACCAGCAAUACCUGCACAAGGUGCCUAAAGGAUACUGUGGGUUAAAGGGCACCGGUGUUACAUGCUCUAUUGGAGCAGAGAAAGACGAACUCUGACUCAGGGCACACAGACAUUGUCUAUUUUAAAGAGAUAGUUCACCCAAAAAUGAGCUUUAUGUCAUUGUUUAUUCCCCUCAUGUUGUUCCAAACCUGUAUGACUUUACUUCUAAGAAUUUCUUUCUGAUAUUCUUCUGCAUAUCAUCAUUAAUUACCCUUAUAUCACGUCACCCUACCGCCAUUUUGGAGAGUACCACAACUUGAUUGUUGAAUAAAGUUGUAAUUUUAUUUUUUUUGCGAAACAGAAAGUAUUCUCGUAGCUUUAUAAAAUUACGGUUGAACUACUGAUGUCACAUGGACUAUUUUGUUGAUGUUCUUGGUACCUUUCUGGACCUUGAACGCGGUAGGACCCGUGCUGUCUGUGGAGGGUCAGAAAACUCUCAGAUUUCACCAAAAAUAUCUUAAUUUGUGUUCUGAAGACAAAUGAAGGUCUUAUGGGUUUGGAACAACAUGAGGGUGAGUAAAUCAUUUUUGGGUGAACUCUUUUUACUUAAAAUGAAAACCAUCACAAAGCAUUUUCAUUACUUGAAAUAAAAUUAACUGUACUUAAAUAAAAUAGUAAAAAAAAAAAAAAUUACAUUUUAUUUCAGGUAGGGUUUUUUUUGUUAAACUUGAAGUACUGAAAUAACUGAAAAUAAAUAAUAUAAUUUUAACAAAAUUCAAAAAGAAUAAAAACUAAGAUGACAAAAACGCAUAAAAUUUGUUGCAACUUUAAGAAUAAAAUUAAAACAAUAUAAAAAUAAAUCUAAUUUUAAAUCCAAUUCAAAAUAUUAGCAAAAAUAUAAUAGAAUGUCAGUUAUAUUAAAGUAGUUCUGCUGUAGUGCACCAAAGAAAAUGCUCUUUUUCAUACAAUUACAAUAAAUGUGGACUGUAGCUUUUGAGCUUUAAAGGGAUAGUUCACCCAAAAAUGAAAAUUCUGUCAUUAAUUACUCACCCCCACGCCUAAGACCUUUAACACAAAUUAAGAUAUUUUUGAUGAAAUCUGAGAGUUUUCUUACCCUCCAUAGACAGCAAGGGUCCUACCACAUUCAAAGUCCAAAGGUACCAAAAACACUGACAAAACAGUCCAUUUGACAUCAGUGGUUCAACUGCAAUUUUAUGAAGCUACAAGUAUACUUUUUGAAUAUUUUGUCGAUGUUCUUGGUAUCUUUCUGAAUCUUGAGCUUGGUAGUAUCCUCGUUGUCUAUGGAGGGUCAGAGAGCUCUUGGAUUUUAUCAAAAAUAUCUUUAUUUGUGUUCCGAAGACAAAUGAAGGUCUUACUUGUUUGCCAUGACACGAGGGUGAGUAAUUAAUGACAGAAUUUUCAUUUUUGGAUGAACUAUACCUUAACAAAGGAGGACCCUGUUUCUUACCCAAACAAUUUGCACAGUUUGACGUGAUCUGAGCUAACUUUGCGAUCGUUGAUUUAGUCACCAUUUUGGACGUACUUCCAGGUCAUAGUAUCUACAAUUCUGUAGUACAGUGACUAUCCACUCUGGUGCGUUGGCUGACAGCCACAAAUAUACCUCAAAACACUAGAUUGAUUUGCGCUGAGGAGCUGUCCUGAUGCACAAACAUCGUAAAGAAGGUAAUUCCGCAAAUAACUGCAAUUCCAGGAUUUAAACAGAGAUGGUGACAAAGAGGCAAAAUUUACUUACUGCAGCUUUAAAAGAACACUCCACUUUUUUUGAAAAUAGGCUCAUUGUCCAACUCCCCUAGAGUUCAGCCGAUCUCCGG